AUGUAAAACAAAUGUUGUUGUCUGCCUACAGAAAAAGCUUUCCUUUUGAUUGUGUAUCUGGAUAUUAGCAGAAUCAUUUGGGGUUCUUUUAUUUAUCAUUUUUAGGAACCGUAACAUGUGCUUUUAUGUUCCAAAGGGAAUCAUCCUUUUCUCUAGUCAUUACUAUUUUAGAUAUUAUUCUAAUUGUACUCUAAUCCUCUCUAGCACUUUACAUUAAUAUGAGAGCACUUAAAUAAAAUAACAAAAAACCUAUUUAUGUUUAUCGAAAAUUCAAAUUACUCUUUGUUUUUUUCAAUACUCUUGAUAGGUUGAUUGCUCCUAUUAUUAAUUGUACUCUAAUCUUUAAAGAUGUAAUAAAUCUAAUAUUUAGGAUUAAGAAGAAGCUAAAAAAAAUUAUUGCGUUAUUGAUAUAUUUGUUGCGUUAAUCAUCACAGCCAUUAUUUGGAAUUUUAUUGAAUAUUAUUUCUAUACCAUAGUCAAAGAUUUUGUUAUGAUUCUUUAAAGAUCAGGUACUUUUAAACUUAUCUUAGAUAAUAGAUCAUUAAGAAUUACAAAUGAUAAAAAAUACAAAAAUAAAGAUAAUAAUAAUUUGGCUAUUAUGUAUGAAGUCGUAGGAAUGAGGCCAGUCAUUAAAAGAAGAGGAUAAUAAAUUGUUGAGGCUGAUAGAAUUGAAUAAGGGAAUCUUAAGACAAAUUUAGAAGCUUAAAGAAUUUAUGCUCAACCUAUUUAAUAAAGUUAGAGUAAAAGUAUUCUAUAUAAAUUAGAUUUUCAAAUUUUGGGUUCGUGUUCUGGCUUAAUAGAAAUUGAUUUAAUCUAAUGA